CAGAUAUAUGCAGAGGGUCCAUUCAGGAUAAUACCUAUUUGUAUCUAUAUGUUAAAGAAUGUCGGAGAGGUUGGACUGGACCUGCCAAGUGUGCGGCAGCAUUGGCUUCGAUGACGGCUCCGAUGGCUUCUUUUACUGUACCCGUUGUGGCUCACAAGCUGAGGAUAUCAUUGACACCGCUGUGGCCGACGAAGACCUCGGUGAGAAUGCAAUUUACUUGGCUAGUCACCGUCGAAGUGUUCCUACCACGGUCUCUGCAGCAGAACGCAUUUCUCACUUUCAACAAGCCCAUCAAUCCCAAUUCUGGGAUUCAAUUAGAGCCCUAGAGGAGGAUGAUAAUGAGGGUGAUGGUAUUGGGCCUACUGGGCCUAGUGAUUUUGGAACAUCAGGAUCAAGGACAGUGGGAUAUGAGGAGUAUUAUGAGGAGAUAAGGUUGAGGUAUGUGAUGGGGAUUCAGAUUAUGAUUCAGUUGCAGUGUAAGGCUUUGGUUGAGAAGUUCAAUGUCAGUCCAUUGAUAGUUGGGCUGAUUGGGCCCAUUUGGAUGAGGUUUGUGGCGAUUACAAGGGUUUUUGAUGAUGGGUGGGCUGAUCAGGUCAUUCAUGAGUCAGAAUCUCAGAAACAAGGGCAAGCAGAUGACUUUCAGCCCAGUGCAAAACACAGAGCGGAGCCUCAUAAUAUACUUGGUCAACGUGUAGUAUUGAUAUGGUAUAGAUCUUUGAGCAAGACAAUACCUUUACCUUAUUCUUUAGUGAUUUCUUUUCUGGUUUGUCAUAUGGCAAGGGAGGCAGUCCUGCCGACAGAUAUAUUGAAGUGGGCACUUGAAGGUAAGCUUCCAUAUUUUGCUGCUUUUGUUGAAAUCGAGAAACAACUUGGACCUCCUUCUGUUGCAUGUCCAUUCAGUACGAGUCGUAUGUUUAGACCUACCCAAGCUAUUUCGUUGCAAAAGCUGGAAUCAACAGCAGCAUCUAUUGCUCAGACAAUUGGCCUAGAAUUACCUCCAGUGAACUUCUAUGCAAUAGCUUCUCGCUAUCUUAGACAAUUAUCUCUUCCCGUGGAAAACAUUCUUCCUCAGGCAUGCUGCCUCUAUGAGUGGUCUAUACCUGCAGAGUUGUGGUUAUCAACAAAUGAGGGGAGGCUUCCUUCUCGUGUUUGUGUGAUGGCUAUACUAAUUGUAACUAUAAGGAUUUUGUAUAACAUCAAUGGUUUUGGGAAAUGGGAAAUGGAACUGUCUAAUUCCAAUUGUUCGUCAUCACCUAACCAAAAUGGAGAAACAGACACCAAAUUCAAUUCCGGCCUUAAUGAUGAUGCUAACGAGGGUGUGUCUUCUAAUGAUUCGGAUGAUCUGGCUUCAGUGCCAUGCGACAACAGGUUUGAUGUUCUGCAAUCUGAGUUGAAUGUUGCAGAGCUCCUGCUGAAACUUGAAGCGAAGUACGAUGACCUUGCUGACACAUAUGAUUAUUCCAAAGACUUGCCAACAUAUCUUCAAUACUGUAAAGACGUGGUUUUUGCUGGAUUAGAGCCCUCAUUUGAGGAUCAUGAGGAAGAGAAGAUAAUAGAAGAUUUUUGGGAUUUCUAUCAAAGUCAAAAGAGUGUUGAGCCAUCUGAUGGUGCAAGAGCUUCUCCUUUGGGAUGUAGUAGUGGUUCGUGCAACAAGAGAUCAAGAUAUGGCGCUAAAAGUACGAAGGAAUAUAAAAAAUUAAAAGAGAAUGGGUGUACUACUAACCCAUCAUAUGAUGGUGGUAGUUCACUUGGGGCGGGGCCUGAUUCGUUGCAACAUAGCAUGAGCUGGAGCAGUUGCGCUUCAAAAGAUCAAAAUUCGUUGUCAGUUGGUCAACCUUCUAUGAAGUCUUACAAGGAUAAAGCAAUAAGACGACUAAAAUCAAACAUGGAAGAAAAUAAAUUUUGUUAUAUUCCUCCAAGGGUUAAUGUUAAGAGGUCAGACUAUCUUCAUUAUGUGAGGAAGAAGGAUGAAGGUGCAUACGCUUAUGCUGCCCAUGCUGAUUAUUACAUUAUACUUCGUUCUUGUGCAAGAGCAGCGCAGGUUGAUCUUAGGAUCAUGCAUGUUGGAGUAUUGAAUCUUGAGCGAAGAUUGGUUUGGAUCGAGAACAGAAUUGAUCAGUGCUUAGAGUUCUACCCUGCUAAUGACUCUUGUGGGUUUUGCAGUCAUGAGGCUGAACAAGAUGCUGCAGAAGAGUCCAUGGAUUUGUGA